AUGGCCCCGAAAACUGUCCGAGUAAAAGAGAAUAGUAACCCGAGUUCUGCGAAAAGUUCAAAUGAUCGUACGCAAUCUGCUUCCAGGGUCAAGCUGUCGGUACUGGAGCCUGUAAGCGACCUCUCUUCGAAGUCUCACGCUUUAGUCAAAGCGACAGCGGUUAUAUCAGAGACUUUGAAGGAACUGGAAGAUGGACUCUUUAAGGAUGAGAAAGAGAACGCACACGAAACUGUUGAUGAAAAUAGUCAACAUAUCAAUGGCGGUGCCAAGGAACAAAUCAGCCCCGGAAAUCAAGACAUCAAAGAGCGACCGCAUUCAGAUUAUAUUAUCUCUCAUCAAGGAUACGUAGAAAAUCCCUGUUCGAUCUUCCAUCGCGAGGGUACUACCAGCUCGGUUUUCCAGCAUCCAUUAGAAGCACAAAGAAGAGAGCCAGCGGAGAAGCGGGUAGCCGAGAGCGCACGAUCAAGUCGGCCCAAGCCGGAUCGCAUCGAAGGUGAUAUUGGGACCAGGGUCAAGCGACAUGGUGCACAAUCUGAAGACGACGCACAUGUCCACGAGAAAGGGAGACAGCAAACCAUCUCUUCUAGUGCACAACAGACCGACCAUCUGCUUUUCGAGGAACUGCAAACCGAAGGCUGCACAGAACCCGAUGAAAAAAGACCGCCAUCAAUGCUUCGUGAUGAUCAACAUGGCACUCGGCAUUAUCAGCAAACUGUUCAGAAUCCUAUUCAUAUAGACGACCUUGAUGACCACAAGGCAAAACUGCCGAAAGGCUCCCCUCUGCCAUUAAGAGCGCCAAAAAAAGACAUUGAGUCAGCGCGGACAAUUGCGACUACGCUGUCAAGUGCGUACGGAAAGCAAAAUCAUAGGGUACAUCUAACAAUGGAAGGAACUGAGUACAUGGACCCAGGUCUUAUCUCCAGCUUGCAUAAGCAGUUGAGAUACAUGGAAGACAAUAAUCGUCGGCUACGAGACCAGAUCUCCCGUCGAUCCAAUAAAGAUGAAGAUGCGACGGUUGGAUUUCUCAGACGCCGAAUUCAGCAACUCGAAAAGGAGAACGCGCGACUACAGGCACAAUGUGACCCCGCUCGGAAAAGAGAAGAAAGGAUUCGACUAUCUGAAUUGUCUGGAAGAUGUCGACAUUUGGAGAAUGAUAAUCACGAGCUGCAAACGCGGGUAUCUCGACAUCACAUUGAACUAAAGGCCCUGAUUGAACAAAAUGAGAUCUUGCGCCGGGAGAACAAGAGAUUGACUGAGCAGGAGACCGCAUUGAAAAUGAACUUGGGGCAAACAGACACCGCAAAUAUCGUUGACAAGAAGCACGAGAUGCUAAAUGCAUCCACAAAUACUGUACUCUCCACAACGCCUGAUAGGGUGGACGACGACGAUGCGCGGCAGGACGUGUUACGUCUAAUCGACAGCGAAACUCACAAACUAAGAGAUAAGAAAUGUGAAAUCGCAUCUACCCCACGGUAUUCGUCCGACGGCUCUUCUAUGUCAACUGCUCUGAACUCGCCAAUGCGCACAAUGGACACCCUGCUCAACGGACUCGAUGCCAUCCGAGCAGCCGUCACAUCCUCAUCUAUCGUAUACAACCCUUCUCAUUUUCUGGCGGCCUGCAAGGACGUUACUCAAGUCGUUACCGUAUCGGCGCAUGCGUUUUCUGCAGCUCUGGAAGAGUCACUGCUUGUUGAAGAUCGGAUUCAUCGUCUGCGCGAGGAUAGUACCAAGAUCCGUGCCGAGACGGAACGAACCAUCAAAACUAUUGCGGACAGUUAUGCCAGCGACAUGCAAAAGCUACAGGACGACAAUGAAACGUUAGAAGGGAACUUGGAGAAGAUCCAAACAGAGUUUGAAAAGAUUAAAAAAGCAUACAAGGAAGAGCAAGAGAAAAGAAUGAGGGAAGUAGCUCUCGCACGCGAAGCCGCCAUGGUUGCAGAAAAAGGAAGAUUAGCGGUUCUGAAAGAAGUACAAGAACAUGAGGCACUUCAGAAACGCACGCAGAUAGAUAGCGACACAUGUGUGGAUUGGCUAGCUGCGGAGCGGACAGCUGCCGCCUUGCUCGAAGAAGAAACGAAAACCGCCUCCUAUGAAAAGCGUAUUGACGAGCUCACCGCCAUCACUACUCAAAUGCAAGCCCAUCAAGAACACCUCGAGCGAACUAUCGAAAAAUGGAAACGAGAAAAUGUCACUUUGCGGGCGUCGUUGGAGAAAAUGUAUUCAGCGCCCGCAGCCACCGAGGCUGAAUUCACAAAACUUCGCAAAAGCAUUGAUAUGCUGGAAUCAAAACUCGACGAUGAGAAAUUGAAGAACCAACAGGCAACUGAGAUCAUCGACAACCUUCAAGAAGACCUCCGCCGGAAGCAGAAAGAGCUGGAGAAUACUAGAACCGCCAGUGUGGGCGGUGACUCUGCUUGGGAUCCAUCCGCAGACUUACUGAGAGAGAUAGGCCGAACCUUAACUGACAAGGUAAACGGCUUGCAGCAACACCACGGGGAACCAUCGCCAUGUCGCGACAAUCUCUGCGAUGUUGAGGCUUUGAUGGAACUACUAAAGAACAACCAAGAUACAUCCAAUCAAUUGGAGCAGCUGAAUGGAAUGAUUGAAGAGCACGUCCAUCAGCUCUCCGCCCUCCGCGCGGAAAAUAGCUCCCUGAAAGAGGCUCUGUCCAAAACGAAGGACAAACUCAAAUCGCGCGAAGACGCAUGGAUGGGAAAGUUCAAAACUCUUCAAGCAUCCUUUGAAGAUGUGAAAUCCCAGCACCGUGAACUGGAGCAACUUUUAACGGAUUACGAGAAACAGUACCAACAUAUCCUCCCUUACGCGGCUGAUUCUGACCGUUUGACCGAUGAUCGUGACCAUCCUUUACCUUUCGUAAAGCAGUUUUUACAUAUACAUAACUUACAUGUAUCAGCCAAUAAUAGCGCGGCCCUGUUGCAGCAAAAAGUGGCAGAGGGCACCAAGACCUCGGAAGCACAGUUGCUUGAAAUUCAAGCAUUAACUGCUCGCCAUGAGAGCGAGCGAGAUAGAAUACAGUCGCUUGAGCGCACAACGGAGGGACACAUCCGGCGGAUCGAGGAGCUGCAAAAAGACGUGAAGCUCCUUGGGGAACAAAAGGCUGCAACCGAAGCAAAAUUGAAGAGAAUCGUGAAUGGGUUUCGGAAGUUCAUUAGUGGACCGAUUAAAUCAACCUCCGAUGCCAGCGCAUAGAGUUGGAUAAGAAGCUUCUGCAUGUAAUUUAUAUUGUAACUGUAUUAUAUUCAACUUCAGUAGAAAGUCUGUUGAAAGGAAAAAGAUCUGCCAAGCAAUCAUUUGCAAAUAGUAAAGAGUAUUGGUGGUCUCAGUUUUACAAUCUGCA